GUUUCCACAUAGUAGCAACGCCUGCUGAAAAAAUAAAACCUAAUUUACCAAACUCAGACACAGACAGACACAACACAAACGUUUUCUCUUCCUUCCUUCGAUCUUUCUUCAUUUUUGUCUCAAUUUCUCUCUCUUCUCUUUCUCUUUCUCACUGCAAUGUGCUUUAUUUCAUCACUCUUCUUCAACAACUAUGCCUGAGGAUAUUCCGAAUAUGAAGGGUUCUUGGUUUUUUGACAAGAAUUUUAAUGGUUUGUCUGAUGAGACUUUUGAUGAUCUCAAGUUUUUCGAUUUUCCAUUGGAAGAUGUGGACGCAAAUACUGCUGAAGAAGAUUGGAGUGCUCUUGGAGAGCCGUGUUUUGAUGUUUUUUCAGUGUCCCCUGCAGUAUUCUGUGGUAAAAUAAAAACUGAAAAUCCCCAACUCGGGGAAGGCUUCUCUGCUCCUUUUAAUGGCAUUUCCCCAAUAAUAAAAGAAGCGGCAAGAACAGCUGGACCAACAUAUGGAAAAACUAUUCCCAAUCAGAAUGUCCCUUUCUAUGAAAAGAAAGUUGUGCUUCAAUACAGCCCGGUUUCUGUUUUUGAAGGCAGCAGUGCUUCCUCAGUUGAGAAUUCCGGCUUUGAUCUGCCUGUCAUCCCAGUAAAGCGUGCCCGAAGUAAACGCCGGCGUCCUUCAAGCUUAAAUCCUGUAUUCUCGAUUUCUUUCAUUGCUAGCUUACAGGCUUUGCAUAAGAAGAUAUCUGCCUCUGAGUCAGAUUUAAACAGAGUAAAGAAACAGAAAAGAAUGCUCUCAGGUGAUAUUGAAACGAAGAAAUCCUCAUCACAAGAGUCAGUUGUCCAGAGAAAGUGCACACAUUGCGAGGUCACAGAGACUCCACAAUGGAGAGAGGGACCCAACGGUCCCAAAACGCUCUGCAAUGCUUGUGGUGUUCGGUACAGGUCCGGCCGCCUCUAUCCUGAAUACCGGCCGGCAAACAGCCCCACUUUUGUAGCAUCUGUGCACUCAAACAGUCACAAGAAGGUUCUGGAGAUGCGAGGUGUAGUCAUCAAAGAUGGCGUUAGGGUCCUUUCUAAGUUGGCUCCAUCAAAUGUUCCUGGAAAUUCCGUAGGACAGUGUUAUCCUGGAUCUUUUUGAAGAUGAGAUAGUGUACUUGUGCCAGACAGGAUCCUCCUUUGUUUAUUGUUUUAAUUUUAGUCUCUUGAUAUAUUACUUAGCAUCAUUUGUUUAAUUACUGUAAAUUGAUUGGUGAAAUAAUAAGUUAGUUGCAGCAGAUCAGUAAUUAGUGCUUGAGAAUGGUAUGUUAAAGUAGGUGUUUAACUGGAUGACAUGGCAUUGGCAGUGAGGUUAUAUAUAUAUGGCUGAAGUAGAGGCAAGAAUCCUUUGCAUUACUUGCUGCAUGUGCUAUGAGGACAUGAAGUCAAAGGAUUAAUUAAAGGCAAGGACAAUGAUAUCACAUGUAUGGUAACAUGGCACACAAUUAUAGUGGAAGAGCACAUGCAUGACUAUUCCAUGGUCUGGAAAAACGACUUUCCAGUUUUCAGACAGCUUCAAAAUGGGUUUUGUUAUUUACCCUUUAUAGACAGACUAUUAGACUUUGUUUUUUUAGUAUAAUUUAGUUUGAAGAGUUAGCUCCUACUUAAGCCGUUAUUUUUGUUUCAUAA